UUUCUAAACGAGCCAUGAUUUGCAGCUUGUUGUUUUAUGCGCUCUACCCUCUGUCACGGUACCUGACCGCGGGUCGACGCUCAGAGGACUCUCAGAAAGGUCUCUCUCCUGCAGUGGUCCAUGGCACGGCAGCAUGGGAUGGUUGUGCUGUCACGACAAAGAGGUUCACCCAGUCUCAGACAACCCAGCCGGACCAGUGGCUCUCCUCAAGCAGUACGGCGAAGGGAAAAACGGAAGAAGGGAUGAAAGAGGGAAGCCCAGAUAAAGAAGGUGAUACAGGGAUGGAGCAAAACAAGGAGCAGCCAGUGGCUGUACCACACAAAGAACCUAAGAAUGGGGAGACAAAGAUGAGUGAAGAACCACAGAGUGAGGCUACAAAGACGAGUGAAGAACCACAGAGUGAGGCUACGAAGACGAGUGAAGAACCACAGAGUGAGGCUAAGGAGACGAGUGAAGAACCACAGAGUGAGGCUAAGGAGACGAGUGAAGAACCACAGAGUGAGGCUGUGAAAACAAGUAAGGAACCACAGAAUGAGGCUAUGAUGACAAGUGAGGUGCCACAAGGCAAAAUGGAAGUUUCCAUGCAACAGAAUAUCAACACAAAGGAGGCAACUGAUGUUCCAUCAGAGGACAUCAACCCAGAACAAGCACUUGCAGCCCAUAUAAAGUGGUUGCAAACAGACGCUAGCAUAAAGGAAACCGACUGUCCAGGACUAGAAGAAAUACAGAUACAUACACCUACACACAGCGUGGAAGAGUUGGUCAUUUCAGCUGAGGAAAGAAUUGAACAAACUGCUUGUUCAGGAGAGCAACAGACACAGAUACCAAGCAUGGAGUCUGAGACUCCAGCUGUCAGUGAAGUAACUGAGUGCUGGGAUGAAUACUAUAUAAAUCCUGCUGCUGAUGAAGAGUAUGAUGGGGCAAACAGUUCUAAGUUGGUGUUUUGUGAGCAUUCUCAAACUCACCUUACAAUCAGCAAGCCAUGCAAUACGCAAAAUAGCUUGCACUUCCCUGCAGGACUUGGCUUGGCAGGGGAGAUAGAGUGCCCACUGUGGCAGUUUCCUGCUGGGAGCUAUUACCCUCCAUUAGAGUCCCCCGAAUCAUUUGAAGUAAUGUGGAGAGUAUGGCAGAGUUUACCUGCAGCAGAGCCUGCACUGAUACCUUUCCCUUUCACAAAGACAUCAUUGAACUUCACUGUCAUGUCCUACAACGUCCUCGCUCAGGAUUUACUGGAGGCCAAUGAGGAGCUGUACAUUCAUUGUCCUCUGGAGGUGCUGGACUGGAGCUACCGCUGCAGCCUCCUCCUAGAGGAAAUAUUUAAGUGGGCACCAGAUAUUCUUUGUCUCCAAGAGGUUCAGGAAAACCACUACCAUGAACAGCUAUAUCCAGUGCUGUGUCAGAUGGGCUACACAUGUGUGUACAAGCGCCGCACAGGACCCAAGACAGACGGCUGUGCCACUUGCUACAGAAGCAGCUGCUUCUCUGAGGUGUCCGUCUCAUUACUGGAGUUCUUCAGGCCGGACACGGAGCUGCUCAACCGGCACAAUGUUGGCAUUGUGCUGCUGCUUCGGCCUGUGGUCACCCAGGGGUCUGAGAUCAAGGCGAUGGGCCCGCCCCUUUGUGUGGGCAACACCCACCUGCUCUUCAACCCGAGAAGAGGCGACGUGAAGCUGGCUCAGUUAGCCAUGAUGCUGGCAGAGAUUGACAGUACGGUCAAGUCCUGUAAGGCCAAGGGUGAACAUUGUAACAUUGUAUUGUGUGGAGACUUUAACUCUGUCCCAAACAUGCCUCUUUACCAACUCAUCACCACGGGCACGCUCUACUACCGGGGUCUACCUGCAUGGAUGGUAUCCGGUCAGGAGGACCUGUCCUUUAAAACUCAUUUUCACAGACUGUCUGUUCCCCUGUGGCACAGCUGCCUGGGAAUUACUGACAACUGUCAGUAUAGUGCAUCCAAAAACACAUUUGAGAACAAGGAUCAGACAUCAGGGAAACUUCACUACAGCCAUGACUUUAUGCGACAGCUGCGCUAUUGUCCAGCUGCAUGUGUCCGUCCUGUGGACCUGAAGCUGAUCCAGGGCGUGACGGACAAUGCACCAGAUCCUUCACUGGAAAAUCCAUCUUAUGACACAUGUUCCAGACACACUCUCACUCAUUGCUUAGACCUGGAGUCGGUCUAUCAACAUGUUCUUCCGGGCUCUGGUGCCCCAGAAGUUACAACCGUACACUCUGAAGUUGGAGCCACAGUCGACUACAUCUUCUACUCCCCAAGACGCAGCUCUACCUCUGCUCAGACGGCUUGUGGCAACUUUGUGAGUGAGGGUCUGGAGUUGAUUGGUAGUCUCUGUCUCCUGUCAGAGGAUGUCUUGUGGUCAAUGAACGGUCUUCCCAAUCACAUGUUCCCCUCUGACCAUCUUAGUCUUGUGGCCAAAUUCCAGCUGGACCUGAACUCUCCCGCGAUAGGAAAGACUGUGGGUGAAGUCGGUGGGAUUGACGUCAGAGGAUAAGCAAAUUUCCAUUCAAACCAUUCAGGUCUUGCUCUCUGUACACACUUGGUUUUUGUUUUUAAUUUGUAUGAAUACAAUUACCCGCGGUUCAAUCCUGGCAACGGCGGAUUAUAGUUUUUGUAGCUUUGAAAAUAGUAUUUUGUUGACAAAUAGCCAGGAAAAAUGACUGCCAAUAUUCAGUCUCUUUCCACUCGGUUUUCCUCGGGUAAAUCAUGAGAGCGGCGUGAGACGUGAUCGAUAUUGGUAGCGAGGUAAGCGUUUGCUUAAAUGUGAAAGUGGUGAUUGUUUUCUGUUUUGAUAUGGUAAUAUACUGACCUGUUUGUGUUGUUUGGUAAUGGUUCUGUCACAUUUUAAUUUUAUUUUAAACCUACUUUUGAACAGAGGGACAAAUUUCUGAUUGUCAGUUCUGUACUGACGGGAGGGAAAAAAAUAAAUAUUUUCCAUUA